CCUUGUCACAGGAAGCGGCGUCACUGUACGUAUUGCGCUGCUACGUGUUCGAACGAAGUAGGAGGAAGUUGAUAUGUCACGGUGGCUGCAUAGUUUUUUGCACACUGAUUAAAAAAAUCUUUGAUUUAUUAGUUGCUGAUACUGCCCUAGAGCAGCAGUAUGUUGCCGACGAGUUCCCCGCAGAUCCAUCAGAACGGCAGUCUGAACACUCGGGAUGCAGCGCGGCACACGGCCGGCUCCAAGCGCUACAAAUACCUGCGGCGACUGCUGCACUUCAGACAGAUGGAUUUUGAGUUUGCCAUAUGGCAGAUGUUCUACCUGUUCACAUCGCCGCAGAAAGUGUACCGCAACUUCCAGUACCGCAAACAGACGAAAGAUCAGUGGGCCCGAGACGACCCUGCGUUCCUGGUGCUGCUCAGCAUCUGGCUCUGUGUGUCGACGGUGGGCUUCGGUCUGGUUCUAGAAAUGGGUUUUGUGGAGACGUUGAAGCUGUUGCUGUGGGUGGUUUUCAUCGACUGUAUCGGAGUCGGAUUGCUCAUAUCUACACUCAUGUGGUUUGUCACAAACAAAUAUCUACAGAAACAUCCUAGCAGAGAUUACGAUGUGGAGUGGGCCUACGCGUUUGACGUCCAUCUGAAUGCUUUCUACCCUCUUCUGGUCAUUCUGCACUUCCUACAGCUGUUCUUCAUCAACCAUGUUGUGGUUAUAAAUGCAGACUGGUUCCUGGGUUAUUUUGUGGGAAACACCUUGUGGCUUGUUGCCAUCAGUUACUACAUUUACAUCACAUUCCUGGGCUACAAUGCACUUCCGUUCUUAAAGAACACUGUGGUGCUUCUGUAUCCCUUCGCUGUGCUGGGACUCCUGUAUGUUCUCUCCAUUUCGCUCGGCUGGAACUUCACUAAAGGUCUCUGCUGGUUCUACAAGCACAGGGUCCAGUAAA